UCAUCGGAUCCACGUGGUGACGUGGCAGCCAAGACGUGGAAGUUUGGGACUUCUCUUCCACCACAGCCAAAUUUGGGGGGUGGGCAGGGGUGGGUCAGGGGGACAUUGGGAGUCACAAGACCCUUCACCUUCACUGUGGGCUUGGCUCAGGGAUGACUACAGGCAGAGUCAAYCCUUACAGCAUCGUGUCCUCCGAGGAAGACGGGCUGAGGUUGACCACCAUGCCAGGUAUCAACGGCUUUGGCAAUGGCAAAAUCCACACCAGGAGGAAAUGCAGGAACAGGUUUGUAAAGAAGAAUGGUCAGUGCAAYGUGGAGUUCACCAACAUGGAUGACAAGCCGCAGAGGUACAUUGCAGACAUGUUCACCACGUGYGUUGACAUCCGCUGGAGGUAUAUGCUCUUGCUCUUUUCCCUGGCGUUUCUUGUGUCCUGGUUAUUGUUUGGGCUGAUUUUCUGGCUAAUUGCACUCAUUCACGGAGACCUAGAAAACCCGGGUGGAGACGAUACAUUCAAGCCUUGCGUUCUGCAGGUCAAUGGCUUUGUGGCUGCUUUUCUGUUCUCCAUCGAGACCCAAACGACGAUCGGGUACGGCUUCCGCUGCGUGACCGAGGAGUGUCCGCUCGCCGUCUUCAUGGUGGUGGUUCAGUCCAUCGUGGGCUGUAUAAUUGACUCUUUCAUGAUUGGUGCAAUAAUGGCAAAAAUGGCCAGGCCCAAAAAACGGGCCCAGACAUUGCUUUUCAGCCACAACGCGGUAGUGGCGAUGAGAGAUGGAAAACUCUGCCUGAUGUGGAGAGUCGGGAACCUACGGAAAAGCCACAUAGUGGAAGCCCACGUACGAGCUCAGCUAAUUAAGCCCAGGAUCACGGAGGAAGGGGAGUACAUCCCGCUCGACCAAAUAGACAUUGACGUGGGCUUUGAUAAAGGCUUGGACCGUAUUUUCUUGGUGUCUCCCAUCACCAUUCUCCACGAGAUCAACGAAGACAGCCCCUUGUUCGGGAUCAGCCGCCAGGACUUGGAGACAGAUGACUUUGAGAUCGUCGUCAUCCUGGAGGGCAUGGUAGAGGCCACAGCCAUGACGACGCAAGCUCGGAGCUCCUACCUGGCCAGCGAGAUCCUGUGGGGCCACCGCUUCGAGCCCGUCUUGUUUGAGGAGAAAAACCAGUACAAAGUAGACUAUUCCCACUUCCACAAAACCUACGAGGUGCCGUCCACGCCCCGCUGCAGCGCCAAGGACUUGGUGGAGAACAAAUUCCUGCUGCCCAGCACCAACUCCUUCUGCUACGAGAACGAGCUGGCCUUCAUGAGCCGCGACGAGGAAGAGGAAGACGACGACAGCCGGGGUCUGGAGGACCUCAGCCCGGACAACAGGCACGAGUUUGACAGGCUUCAAGCCACAAUAGCGUUGGAUCAGCGGUCGUACAGGAGGGAGUCGGAAAUAUGACUCUUGGUCCUUCCGUUGACUUUUCCAAGGGUAUUCUUUUUCCUCCUCUAAUCUUUUCCCCUACAACCCGCUCAAAUUAUGCAGAACAAUGCAAGUGCCAUAGGAAUGCUUGAGAAAUUAGUAUCGUUCAUAGUUUUCAGUUUCAUCGCAAUAACCACUGAGCGGUCUGCAGGAGGGGAUGGUGGCAGGCCACGGCGCGUCCCCCGCGCCCGGCGCCCGUGGCGGAGCCCACGGCUCUGGGGGAUGGAUGGAUAGGUGGACAGAAGGAUGGAUGGAUGGAUGGAUGGAUGGAUGGAUGGAUGGAUGGAUGGAUGGAUGGAUGGAUGGAUGGAUGGAUGGAAGGAUGGAAGGAAGGAUGGAUGGACAGAAGGAAGGAUGAGGAGAGGAGGGUCUGUGGGGUGUGGGCAGGGGCUCGUCCCUGUGGGGCUUUGCUCUCCCCGCGGGGAAAACGCCGGUGUUUUCCUGGAGCUGAGCACUGCGAGAUCCAAAAAGAGGAAAUAUCAGGAAACAAAUCUCACUCUUUGUCUCUUUCUUUUUUUUCUUUUUUUUUUUCCUUUUACUUUUUAACUGAGCAGCAACAACAAAACUAUUGCUCCUUCGGCAGGCGGUCUGGUUCAGUUGCACAAGAACAACACUUGAAAUAACAUGCAACAUUAACGUACUUGUUUUUAAUUUGGGGGAAAAAACAGGGGAGGGAGGUGAGAGGGUUUUUAAUUUUUUCACCGCACCAUUUGGGAGACUGUUUACCAAAAUAAUAAUAAUAAUUAUUAUUAUAAUUAUAACAAUAAUAAUAAUAUUAUUAAAUCUGAAAGAUGUAAUUCAGUAUUUUUUAAAAAUGAACAAGGGAAUGAAGAAGCCACUGGGGUCCUUUGAGGGCUUGACUUGUUGGGUUAGAUGCAAGAGCUAAAAAUGGAGAUUGCAUCCAACUUUGGGGUGUUUUUUUACCACUGGCAUGGCUUCAUGGACAGAAUAGAGAUGUAAGUGACUGGAGGUCUGUGGCAGUGAAAGCAAGUAGUGGAAUUAUUGUUAAAGAAGGUAAUGAUAAUAAGCAGGACUGUGUGAGAAAAAAGCACUGUAAACACGGUAAUUAGCCAAUUUCUGGGAAUGUUGGGUUUCAGGGUGGAAAUGAGGUCUGGAGAAUCAGCUGCUGAAGAGUUGGGUSUGCCCCAACAUCUCUGAUGGGGAAUUCAUGAGGCUCACCAUAACUUGGACAAAACAGUGAAAAGCACAAAAAGGAGAGUGGAAAGCUCUCAAAAUUGGGUAUUUUCCCACUUUUCUGACCGAUUUGGUAUUUUUCUUCCCUGAAGAAUAUUUUCAAACGUGGAAAUCGAUGUGAAAGUCAUCUUGUUGGGCUGCACUUCUUCUAGCACAGGAGCCGUGUCCGUGCCAGGCUGGGCUUUAUGAAUUCCCAACCCACCAGGGAGUCCUGCUUCGGAGGCAGAUGUUUUCCCCAAAACAACAGAUGCCAGUCGAGAAAAUCACCCCAUCUUGCGCUUCAKCCCAUCCCUGUGUCCCAGCCUCGAGGUGGAUUGUGCCUUAGAGAUGCGAACUCACCCCGUGUCCCAGCCCUUCUCCACAGCCCCCAUCCUGCAUCCCCCGCUCCGGGUGACUCCCCUUUUGCUCUGCAGCACCCCCAUCCCAUCACCCACCGCCUUCCAGGCUGGCCUUGGUGACAACCUGGUUUAGCUGUAGCUCUGGCAUGAGGCAAAGCUCCCCAUGUGUGGGAAGCCUUCGCUGCUGCCCCGCUCUCCGCAGAGGGAAGGAGUCAGGAAGGUGAAGGUUUGGCGGGUCCCUUCACCUGGCUGUGCUGCUCCUUGGUGCUCUGGGAGCCAAAACCUGGCUCCCUGCUCCCUGUGGCYAUGGGAAAGGCUUUGUACCCGCUUCUGACCCUGGGCAUGGAGAGAGGGGCUCGACAGUGGGGUAUCCCACAGCAUUUUGGCUGUGACAGGCUCCCGGUGCUUUUCCACACCAGGGAAGCCACGUCCUGGGGUCAGGACUUGCUGUGAUGUGUCCAAACACGGGGGGCAAAAGCAGGAUCUGUUCUGGGCCCCCAUCCCCAUCUUCUUCUUGCCAAGGGCUCUGGGGAGAGGCUGCCACGAGUGUCCCACCGUCCCCGUGCUGGAGACCAGGACACCAUUCCUGAUGGGACAUCAUCCAUCCCACCAGUGUCUGUCACCAUCACCCCACACUGCCCACCGAGGGGCUCCUGUGUUUUUGGCUUCCAUUAAAAACCACUGGGAGAACAAACAUCCCCAGGGGCAGCACUGUGAGGCAGCUUUUCCRGCACUGAGUGCCCCAAAUGGAUUGUCCCCAAAAGUGGGGACAUGUAGGGAUGUGCCAUUGAGCUCCAGCCAUGACAUUUGUGUUUCUAAGGCAGCGAAGGCGGAUGCCAUCCCAUCACCAAUCCCUUUGCUCCUCGGGGGGUGGUUUUACCCCCUGCUUUUUGCACCACAGCAUCUUGGGGGGGUGGUGGGAAGGAUGGAGGGGGGGGGCAGAGAGGUUUUGUGUGAGCACUACUUAUUUAUUUUUUUAAAAACAAAUGCUUUUAAGUGGUUUUAGGUUCUUUUGAAUAAAUAAUAAUUAUUAAAAAAAAAUAAAAAGGUGCACAUCUUGCUGCUGUAGAGUUCUCAGAGGGUUAACUUCUUUAUAAAUAUAUAUAUAUAUAUCACAGUAAAUAUUUGUAUAAAAAUGAAAGAGAAAUAGAGAUGUCUUUAAGUAAAUUAUUGCUUUUAAAGAAACUUCUAUGAUUGUACAGUGUUACCUGGGAGAAUAGAAUAAUAUAUACAGAUGUAUUUUUAAACUGCUGUGUGGGAGGAUGYGAACUGGGACAGGAAGCCGUGGCUGGCAUGGUGAGGGGAUUUCGGACCUUCCCUGGCCCCAUGUUCACACACCCCGUGCCCCAAACCCUUCUAGUGAGGGUCUAUCUCUGGUGAGAUGUCCUCUAUCUACUGUACAGUCCUUGUCCUGACCAUGGACCACGCCGGUACAUAGUGUAUAGAUAAUAUUUUUGCCUACCUGUGAGUGCUCAGAGUCACUGGUCUUUUUUCCUACCACCAGGGAGCAUCGGGAAGGCUGCCUAGCCAUAGUUUAAAUCCCAGGAAUUAUCAAAGAAAGGGGCAAAAAUAGAAAAAAAACAUAUAAAAAARGUGGAAAAAGCCCAAGUUCAUCAUUUGUGUUUCCUUAGGGAGCUGGGAAGGCGCAGGGAUGCUCUCAGGGUGUGGGUUUUUGUGGAGUGGAAUCCCUGUUGGAG